UCCCCGGCAAAGGGACGCAGAGAAACCACAAAACCCAGAAGCCCUCGCCGCCAGUCUUCUCCCUCCCCUCCCGGAGUCGGAGUGCUGUUUUUGUUGUUGGUGAAAGGUGAGGGAACAGCUGAUCCGUCUGUGGGGAGAGCAUCUAUCUCAAGGGCAGGAUGGAAGAAUCAUCACUAAGCCGGGCCCCAUCCCGGGGUGGAGUCAACUUUCUGAAUGUAGCACGGACCUACAUCCCCAACACCAAGGUGGAAUGUCACUACACCCUUCCCCCAGGCACCAUGCCUAGUGCCAGUGACUGGAUUGGCAUCUUCAAGGUGGAGGCAGCAUGUGUUCGGGAUUACCACACAUUUGUGUGGUCUUCGGUGCCUGAAAGUGCAACCGAUGGUGCCCCUGUCCAUGCCAGUGUCCAGUUCCAAGCCAGCUACCUGCCCAAACCAGGAGCCCAGCUCUACCAGUUCCGCUACGUGAACCGCCAGGGCCGGGUGUGUGGGCAGAGCCCCCCUUUCCAGUUCCGAGAGCCAAGGCCCAUGGAUGAACUGGUGACCCUGGAGGAGACUGACGGGGGCUCUGACAUCCUGCUGGUUGUUCCCAAGGCAACUGUGCUGCAGAACCAGCUGGACGAGAGCCAGCAGGAGAGGAAUGACCUGAUGCAGCUGAAGCUGCAGCUGGAGGGGCAGGUGACAGAGCUGAGGAGCCGAGUACAGGAGCUCGAGACAGCUCUGGCCACCGCCAGGCAGGGGCACGCAGACUUGACGGAGCAGUACAAGGGGCUUUCCCGGUCCCACGGGGAGCUCACGGAAGAGAGGGACAUUCUGAGCCGGCAACAGGGAGACCAUGUGGCACGCAUCCUGGAGCUGGAGGAUGACAUCCAGACCAUCAGUGAGAAAGUGCUGACAAAGGAGGUGGAGCUGGAUAGGGUUAGAGACACAGUGAAGGCUCUGACUCGGGAACAAGAGAAGCUCCUUGGGCAACUGAAGGAGGUGCAAGCGGACAAGGAGCAAAGUGAGGCUGAGCUCCAAAUGGCACAACAGGAGAACCAUCGCUUGAAUUUGGAGCUGCAGGAGGCCAAGGGCCGGCAGGAGGAGCAGAGUGCUCAGGCCCAGCGACUGAAGGACAAGGUGGCCCAGAUGAAGGAAACCCUAGGCCAGGCCCAGCAGCGGGUGACUGAGCUGGAGCCCCUGAAGGAGCAGCUUCGAGGGGCCCAGGAGCUUGCAGCCUCUAGCCAGCAGAAAGCCGCCCUCCUUGGGGAGGAGUUGGCCAGCGCAGCGGGAGCCAGGGACCGCACCAUGGCCGAGCUACACCGCAGCCGCCUGGAAGUGGCUGGAGUCAACGGCAGGCUGGCUGAGCUCACCCUGCACUUGAAGGAGGAAAAAAGCCAGUGGAGCAAGGAGCGGGCAGGGCUCCUGCAGAGUGUGGAGGCAGAGAAGGACAAGAUCCUGAAGCUGAGUGCAGAGAUUCUUCGACUAGAAAAGGCAGUGCAGGAGGAGAGGACCCAGAAUCAAGUGUACAAGACUGAACUGGCCCGGGAAAAGGAUUCUAGUCUGGUGCAGUUGUCAGAGAGCAAGCGGGAGCUGACAGAGCUGCGGUCAGCCCUGCGCGUGCUCCAGAAGGAAAAGGAGCAGUUGCAGGAGGAGAAGCAGGAACUGCUGGAGUACAUGAGAAAGCUGGAGGCCCGCCUGGAGAAAGUGGCAGAUGAGAAGUGGAAUGAGGACGCUGCCACAGAGGACGAGGAGGGUGCUGCGGGACUGAGCUGCCCAGCGCCUCUGACAGACUCAGAGGAUGAGUCCCCAGAAGACAUGAGACUGCCACCCUAUGGCCUGUGUGAGCACGGAGACCCAGGCUCCUCUCCUGCUGGGCCACGAGAGGCUUCUCCCCUAGUUGUCAUCAGCCAGCCGGCUCCCAUUGCUCCCCACCUCUCAGGGCCAGCUGAGGACAGUAGCUCUGACUCGGAGGCUGAAGAUGAGAAGUCAGUCCUGAUGGCAGCUGUGCAGAGUGGGGGUGAGGAGGCCAACCUGCUGCUUCCUGAACUGGGCAGUGCCUUCUAUGACAUGGCCAGUGGGUUUGCAGUGGGUCCCUUGUCAGAGGCCAGCACUGGGGGCCCUGCCACCCCCCCGUGGAAGGAGUGCCCUAUUUGUAAGGAGCGCUUCCCAGCUGAGAGUGAUAAGGAUGCCCUGGAGGACCACAUGGAUGGACACUUCUUCUUCAGCACCCAGGACCCUUUCACCUUUGAGUGAUCUCACCCUCCCCAGUACAUGCACAAAAUACACACUUACACACACACACAUUCAUGCACAUACACUUAUGCCCAACACACUGGGGCUCCAUGAUAUUCUGUUCCCUAAGAACCACUCCCGUGUGCCGUUCUCAUCCCAAGCUUUCCAACUUCAUCCUCUCCUCCUGGCUCUUUUGUCCAGGCAGGGGUCCUUCUUGGAAGCAGUGGCUGAAUUUACCCCCUGAAAGCGGUUUGGGAGGAACCAGGAUGGAGGAGGCCUUCCCCAAGAGGAAGAGAAUCACCGUCUCCUAGCCCUGGUUGCUCUGUCACUCACACCAGCCCCACACCACCACCACCACCACCACCACACACACACACACACACACACUCACACACACACACUCACACUCACACUCACACUCACACACUCUCUGAUGCCCCAAAGCCAGUCCCUGGGGCCCACACCCUCUUAUCGGAGGUCUGUGUUUGUUUACCUGACUUUUCUCGGGCCUCCACUGAGGCUGCAGCAUGGACAUCACGACCUCUUCAGGUCUCUUUCGGUUCUGAGCUUCAUUGGUUCCUCUUUCUCUCCCCUACCGUGGCCUUCCGCACCCCAGCCCAGCCCCUUCCAUACCAUUAGGUAUUAAGUUUGGAGGUUUCUUUUGUAUGUUUGAGGUUUUCUGUACUCUAUCUCCUGCCCUUCCCUGCCACACCGCCGCCCCCCAUGUCCUCACAUGGAAAGAAAUAAUGCAUUUGUGCCUUCGGUGAGGGAUGGGGGGAACAAAUGGUCCCAGGUGUCCCCAUUUCCCAGCCCUUCCUCCCGCUCCAGGUUCCCCCACAGCAAUAAGAGCUUUCCCCAAUGUCCCUCCCCCGACCUGUAGUUUGGACAAAUAUAUUUAUAUGGUAUGUGUAACUAUUCUAAUAAAAUGUGUUCUUAUCAUGAA